GUGGAAGAAGUCAUAUGUUUUUUCCCCAGCACUGAACUAAUUGUGAGAACACCUAACCCUUCAGAACUAAGGUUUCAAACAUGUGGCUCUAUCUGGCUGCCUUGCUGGGGGUUUAUUUCCUCCGCCGGUGGUACAGGGGGAGACAGACUGUGGAAAAACUAACAGAGAAAUACGUCUUCAUCACUGGUUGUGACUCUGGAUUUGGGAACCAACUCGCCAGGCAGUUGGAUGCCCGAGGCUUCCAGGUGUUGGCAGCCUGUCUCACCCAGAAAGGAGCAGAUGAACUGGAAAAGUCCACAUCGAAGAGGCUGAAAACCACCAUUUUGGAUGUCACCAUCACAGAAAGUGUGGCAGCAGCAACUAAGUGGGUGAAAGAAUGUGUUGGGAACAAAGGACUCUGGGGCUUAGUAAACAAUGCAGGCAUAGCAGUACCCCAAGCUCCUAAUGAAUGGCUGACCAAGGAUGACUUCACGAAGGUGAUCAAUAUUAACCUGUUUGGGGUGAUUGAUGUGACAGUGCACAUGCUGCCCCUGGUGAGAAAAGCCAAGGGGAGGAUUGUCAACAUGUCCAGUGUGGCAGGAAGACUGUCAUACUUUGGAGGAGGUUACUGUCUUUCCAAGUAUGGUGUGGAAGCCUUCUCUGACUGCCUAAGGAGAGAGCUCCGUCCCUUUGGGGUUCAAGUCAGUAUUAUAGAGCCUGGUGGCUUUGCUACACCCAUUCAGAACAAUAUUGUAGAGGCCUACCGGAAAGCAUGGAACCAGGUGCCUUCUGACACCAAAGAAUCCUAUGGACAGCAAUACAUGGAGACCUGCUGCAAAUUACUCCAGGAUCGCACCAAGAGAGCCAACAACAACAACUGCCUGGUUACCGACGCCAUAGAACAUGCCUUGACAUCUCGCUACCCUCAUACACGCUAUUCUGUAGGCCGGGAUGCAAAGUUUUUCCAUCUUCCUAUGUCUUACUUGCCAACAGCCAUGUCAGAUUAUGUGCUGGCUUGCAUUAUGCCACAGCCAGCACAUGCAGCAUAGACUAUUUUGUAUAAAAUGCAUUGCAAUCACACUUUAAAUUCACCAUAAUCAAAUUAAAAUGACAGUUCACAGACACAAUGGAAAAUGCUCUCUAACAUAACGAUUUUUGCUAUUCUAAAUUAAUACAAUAUGUUGAAAAUGCCAGAAUACUUUGUUGUUGUAUU